GUUGCGUUUUGGCUCUAAAGCCUGGAGACCUCCGAAGUGCGCGUCAGUUUUCGAAGUAGGAGCCAUGGCGACAACAGCUCAGUAUAUUCCGAGGAAUAACUCCUUACCGUCUAACCCGCUCAUGCAUCCGGAUUCGGAUAGGAUGCACCAGGGGACGACCUACAGAGAGGUGCAGAAAAUGAUGCACCACGAGUACUUGCAAGGUCUUGCGGCUACCAACACGGGACACCCGAUGAGCCUGACACACCACCAGUGGCUGCCCACCUCCAACACCGACUGGUCCAGCGGCACCCACAUCGGACAGCAGGAGCAUAAAGCCAGCGUGCAGGCGACCAGGGAAGACCUGAGCAGCGGCUUCCACCACAGAUCUCACCUGGUGCACCAGCAGACGCAGAGCGGUCACCAUGGUUCGUGGGCGCCCACCACGACGCACCACUUGUCCCCGCUGUCCCCGGCAUCCAACGGCCACCAGUCGCUGGUCUACUCCCAGCCUGGAUACACAAACCUCAACGCAAUGCUGAGUCCCCAGCCCGGCUCCCUGCACCAUGGCAUGCGGGACCCACUCCACGACGAUUCGGGCAGCCACGACAACCAGAUGGAGUCGCCCCAGCAGGCUUUCAGCCACCACCAGGACCACUCGGACGAGGACGCGCCCAGCUCCGACGACUUGGAGCAGUUCGCCAAGCAGUUCAAGCAGCGGCGGAUCAAACUGGGCUUUACGCAGGCGGAUGUGGGCUUGGCCUUGGGCACCCUGUAUGGAAACGUCUUUUCUCAGACCACUAUCUGCAGGUUUGAGGCGCUGCAGCUCAGCUUCAAGAACAUGUGCAAACUUAAGCCGCUCCUUAACAAGUGGCUGGAGGAGACAGACUCAAACACGGGCAGUCCCACCAAUUUGGACAAGAUUGCUGCGCAGGGCAGGAAACGAAAGAAGAGGACCUCCAUUGAAGUGGGGGUGAAAGGGGCGCUGGAAAAUCAUUUCUUAAAAUGCCCAAAGCCAUCUGCCCAUGAAAUCAGCACUUUAGCCGGCACUCUGCAGUUGGAAAAAGAGGUUGUCCGUGUUUGGUUUUGCAACAGAAGACAAAAAGAGAAAAGAAUGACACCAGUGGGGGUCCCUCACCCGAAUAUGGAGGACGUAUAUUCCCAAGCAGAGACCCCUCCUCUACACCGCACACUACAGAGUCCUGUGCAGUGACUGUUUUCAUGAACAAUUCGAGCAUUUCCGCGGGGGGAUAGAAAAGGGAAAGGGACUAUGGAGUUUACAGUAUUUAAGUUUGGCUUUUGUUUUCCUGAGAGAAAAGAGACAUGGAAAAAGUUGAACAGAUCAGUUUUGCCUUUAGUAUUCGGAGAUCGUCAUGUCCAACAAAUAGAUGAGGGAAGAGGGGAGAAUGUUAAGAAAAAAAUGAAGAAAAAAAGAAAAAAAACAUUCGCUUAUUACUGAUUCUGUGCGCAUUUAAGUGAAGCAAAGAUCUUUAUUUACCAAAAUUAUAUGGAGGAGACAUGCAUAUAAAGUAAAUUUGAUAUCCCAUGGCUGUUCCAAAUGGAGAGUAAAUUAAAUGUGGCAACUGAGCCCAUCUCCUCCUGGUGUACCAUGAACUGUUGGCGCUCACCAGAAUGAGGUGGUUGCCUGAAAAACGAUCAACACUGGAGAUGAAUACACUGAAUGAACAUUUUUUGCUUUUUCAGGCUUAAACUGAUUAACCAGACUUCUGAAUAUUAGUGUAUACUUUCUUUGUUAUAUUAAGUGUGAUGUUUUGGUUUGGAAAAAUACUUUAACUUCAGUGUCUCUCUUUCUGCAGUGUGUCUAUGAUUUCGUUUCAUUAUUUGCUAUAAUAGGUACUGUAACUCAUCAGAGCAGCCUCUAAUUUUUCUGUUUACUCAGUGGGAGUUGAUGGUGAAGAAGUGAUGGAAAUCGUGGCACCCGAAAACACUCAUUUAAAAAAGAAAAAGAGAGGGGGGAAAAAACGUCAGACACAUUUCAGUAAAUGUCCAAUGCAACAGGACCUCUAAGUUCUGACUGCAUGCCUUAAAAAAAAAAAAGAAUUAAAGCUUUGCAGCUGACCACGUCGAAAUUUGCAAAACAGCACCAGACGCUAAAAGGGGAAUUCUAAACAUUUCGGAUUUUUUUUUUCUUUUUAUUUGGGGGGGUUGAUUGUCUUUCCGAUUAUUGUUUUAUUUGCAUGGAGCACUUAUUCUUUCGUUAAUAUUAUUAUUAUUAUUGCAAUUUUGUGUCUGUUAAUAAAAUUGUGAGUGUAGCUGAUCUGAUUAGGCUGAAACACAGAAGCCUAAAUCCCAUGUUUACAGGUUCCUGGUUAUCACCACAGAGCGCUGUCAGCUCACACUGCUCACUGCCUGUUAUCCUGUUGUAAUCCAAACAUUUCAAGAGAGAUUGGUCAAAAAAUGAAAAGUAAUAAUAACUCAGGUAACUUCAGUGCCCCCCAUGUCGGAAUAUCACGCCUGUACAUGAUUUUUUUUCCCUCUUUUGUUCCUCUGUGUUUUUUUUUUUUAAAUGUUACAAUCUGGUUUCAACAACACCGUUUCCUUUGUCCCAUAAAUCCACUGUAUUAUAUCAAAACGCUGGAAUCGGAGAAAAAGAAAAAUAACAAAUUCCUUAAUGGGUAUGCGAUGAAGGGAUUUUCUUUAGAUGUAUUUAUUUCCCCCCCCCCCCCCCCCCCACGACCUGUAAGGAAAUCAGAAAAUCUCAUGCGUUGUGUGUCAUUUCUCAAUGUUGGACCAGUCCAAAAAGCCUACAGCAGUGCUAUUCAAUACAGAUGAGGGAAAGAUGUUUUUUUUUUCAGGAAAAAAGAUAAUAAUAAUGAAAAAAGAUUUUAGAGAAAAAUGUUGCCAGGAUUAUUUCCGAUAUGUAAAUAUGUCCAAUAUGUAAACUUGUAUUUGUUCUGAGAUAUUGUUUUGUUUUUGUUUCUUUCCGGGCAGUUUUGUACACUUACUAAUUCCAAGAAGAUAUUUUAAUAUGAUUUCAUUUAUGAAUCUGACCAUUUAUAUAUAUAUAUUUAUUUCUUAAAAGUGUUUGGAGCUUUUUUGUUUAGCUCUGUUAAUGGUUAUGUUGCAGUGGAUUUCUGUAUGGUUUUUCCCCUUUAUGUUUACUACAUUGGUUGUAUGUUGAUUGCUAAAUGUAGACUGCAAAGUCACAUUUAUAUUUAUGUUAUAGUAAUAUUUUAUUACUUACAUAAAACAUAUAUACAAGAAA